ACUGUUAAAGUAAUUUAAUUAUCCAGAAGAUGUUGAAGUUAGAUGUGGUUACUGCUUAGCUGAUAGUACAUGAUACAAUGGCCUCUCAGUCUCAGAGUCAAUUAGAUUCAUUGUUGCAGAAAUGCACCUCUCUGAUUCACAUGAAGCAGCUUCAAGCCCAUCUCAUAACCACCGGCAAAUUCCAGUUCCACCCUUCCCGCACCAAGCUCCUCGAGCUCUGUGCCAUCUCCCCCGCCGGCAACCUCUCCUUCGCCGCCCAAGUUUUCCGGCGAAUCCAAACACCCUCCACCAACGACUGGAACGCUCUUCUCCGAGGCCUGGCCCAAGGCCCAGAACCGGCCCAGGCCCUCUCAUGGUACCGCGCCAUAUCACGUAGCCCUCAAAAGGUGGACGCUUUGACAUGCUCCUUCGCCCUCAAGGGCUGCGCGCGCGCCUUGGCUUUCUCGGAAGCUACCCAGAUCCAUUCUCAACUUCUCCGUUUUGGUUUCGAAGCUGACGUAUUGUUACUCACCACUUUGUUAGACGUGUACGCUAAAACCGGUGAUAUUGACGCUGCACAGAAGCUGUUUGAUAGAAUGCCUAAACGAGACAUUGCUUCGUGGAAUGCCAUGAUUUCUGGGUUGGCACAAGGAAGCCGACCCAACGAGGCUAUAGCUUUGUUCAACAGAAUGAAGGAAGAGGGGUGGAGGCCUAAUGAAGUCACUGUUCUUGGUGCACUCUCUGCUUGUUCUCAAUUGGGUGCUCUGAAACAGGGCCAGAUUAUUCAUGCCUAUGUUGUGGAUGAGAAGCUAGACACCAAUGUGAUUGUUUGUAAUGCAGUUAUUGAUAUGUAUGCAAAAUGCGGGUUUGUUGAUAAGGCUUAUUCAGUCUUCCUUAGCAUGAGCUGCAGGAAGAGUCUCAUCACGUGGAACACGAUGAUCAUGGCGUUUGCCAUGAACGGUGAUGGAUGUAAGGCGCUUGAUCUUUUGGAUCAGAUGGUUGUUGAUGGAGUGAAUCCGGACGCGGUGUCGUAUCUUGCUGCAUUGUGUGCUUGCAAUCAUGGUGGUUUGGUGGAAGAAGGGGUUAGGUUGUUUGAUAUGAUGAAGGGCUGUGGGGUGAAACUUAAUGUUAAGCAUUAUGGAAGUGUGGUUGAUUUGUUGGGUAGAGCAGGGAGGAUAAAAGAAGCAUGUGAGGUGAUAAACUCCAUGCCUAUGUUCCCUGAUGUAGUGCUCUGGCAGAGUUUGCUUGGGGCCAGUAAGACUCAUGGGAAUGUGGAAAUGGCAGAGAUGGCGUCAAGGAAGCUGGUGGAGAUGGGGUCUAACAGUUGUGGGGAUUUUGUUUUGUUGUCGAAUGUUUAUGCAGCUCAACAGAGAUGGCAUGAUGUAGGGAGAGUGAGGAAGGCCAUGAAAAUUAAGGAUGUGAGGAAGGUGCCUGGAUUUAGUUACACAGAGAUUGAUUGUAGGAUUCACAAGUUUGUAAAUGGUGACCAGAGUCAUCCAAGUUCCAAAGAGAUUUAUGCAAAACUGGAUGAGAUCAAGUUCAGGAUUAAAGCCUAUGGAUAUGCAGCAGAGACUAAUCUCGUGUUGCAUGAUAUAGGGGAAGAGGACAAGGAAAAUGUGCUUAAUUAUCACAGUGAGAAGUUGGCCGUAGCUUAUGGUUUAAUUAGUACAAGUGAUGAGACACCAAUUCAAGUCAUAAAAAACCUUAGAAUAUGCGUGGAUUGUCAUGCUGUGAUAAAAAUUAUAUCAAAGAUUUAUAAUAGGGAGAUUAUUGUGCGGGAUAGAGCGCGAUUUCACAGAUUUAAAGAGGGUGUAUGCUCUUGCAGAGAUUAUUGGUAAAAUUAAAUGUGAUUGCUUAUUUUAUUUAUGUAUUUUCUUAAAGACACUAGGUACAGUCAAUUUCUCACAAGUAAAAGUUAUUAAUACAGUAAUUUUUCACAAAAAAAAAAA